AUGGAGGUCGACGCAGCUUCGUUUCCGCAUCACCUGCUGGGCUUAUUCAUCCACAUCUCCGAGGCCGACUUCGUGUCCUUUGACCUUGAGCUCUCUGGCAUACCCUCUCGUCUUCCGAACAAGCCUCGUUCCGGUGCUGGUAGGUUCACCCUCGAGGAGCGUUAUGCCGAAGCCAAGGAAGGCGCAAACCGCUAUCAGAUCCUCCAGGUAGGUAUCACGUGCGCCAGAUUCGACUACAUCGCCAACAAGUAUGUUUUGAGGCCCUACAACAUCAACAUCAGCCCUUUGAUCUCCGAGCGGGUGGAUUUCGAGCGCGAGAUCAGCCUACAGAGUGGCGCCAUAACCUUCCUGUUAGGAUGUGGCUUUGACAUGGCCAAGCCCUUCACUCAUGGCGUCGAGUAUUUGUCGCGGCAGGAGGCAGAGCAGAUCAAGCAGGCGACAGCAGACCGACUAGAAAACAAGAAUCCCCCUGCGGACAUGCAGCUCAAGGACACCGACGUGGAUUCGCUCGACUUCAUGCGCCGCGUGAGAGAGGCUAUCAUCAAAUGGAAAGCUGGCACCUCAGAGUCCCUUGCCAUCACCACUCACACCGGCCUCAAAGAACAGCCUGCUAUUCCAACAAUAUCCCGCUUCGAAAAGCGCCUCGUCCAUCAACUCGUUAGAGCCGAGUAUCCUGAGCUUGUAUCCAUGGGUCGCUCAGAAUGCGUGCGCAUCAUCAACUUUGACCCUUUACGCGAGGCCGACAACAACCGACGCAUCAAGAGCCGCGUCAAGGAGCAGGUUAACCGUCAAUCGGGCUUCCGAUGGGUGUUUGAGGCACUGGCCCAAGGUAACCUAGACCAUGCAGAGCCUCUCUAUGUCGCUGGCAACAUAACUGCAGAUUCUCACAAUGUGCGUGACCGCUAUGACAGGGCUGUUGAGCGACUGAGAACGCGGCAACCUGUCUUGGUGGGCCACAACAUGUUCACUGAUAUCGUGUACCUGUACCGGACCUUUGUUGGCGAACUACCUGACACCCUACAAGGCUUCCGAGACGCCAUCCACAAGGAGUUUCCGAAGAUUGUCGACACCAAGUACCUUGCUACACAUGCUGAAGGGGACCUUAACGCGUCACCCACCUUGCAGGAGAUCGCCGAAGGGUUGACCAAGCAGCCGCUGCCCGACAUCGUCACCCACACAGACCACUCGAAGUACCAAGAAAAGGAAGCUUUCCACGAGGCCGGCUACGACAGUCUCCUAACAGCCACGAUCAUGAUCCGUCUUGCUGCAAAGUUGGGCGCCGAGCACGAGAAGAAGCAUCCCUCCAACAUCGCACCUCUCACCAACGGGGCCAAGAACACAAAUGGGGACCUUGAAGACUUUAUCCGUGACGGCCGAGAGAAAGCCCAGAAGCCUGUCGCCCUGCCACCCCUCGCUGACAUUAGCGCCGUAACAGGCAGACAGAAGCGCAAGCAAAAGAAGAAAGUCAAGAGCAAAGAAGCCACAGACCGACGCGCCAAGACCAAGAACAUGUUCGACAAUCUCCGCGACUUGAGCCUCGACCCCGAAGCCGACGAAGCCGCUUCACCAGAAAGCGAGCCAGCGAUCGACUUCGAGGACGCCGAGGCAUGGAAGGACGAGCCCGCCGCGGAAGCCGGAUCCUGGGAAAACGAGCUCUUCGUACAGGACAAGAGUGGCUGGGUGCCCAUUGAGCAGUCUGAGCGGCAUGUUAUGGAAAUGAUACCGAAGCUCGACGGCGACUCGGCGUUCUGGAAGGAGUUUGGAAAUACGUUGAGGGUGUUUGGGACGCAGGAGGCGGUGCUGAAGAUUGCGGAUUGGUGA